CAGGAAACAGUUUAUCACUCCUCGCUCCCGUCUUGAAACACACAUUCAGAACAGCUGCAAAGUUCACAUCGAAAAAUACGACGUCCACUGAAGAAGGAAGUUCAAGGUGCCAGCACUGGGAAGACUGGGAUUGCUUUAAUAGUGGAAUUCCGGCCCACCAAGCUGAAACAAGACUCUACAAUCUGAUCUAAAAGAGCCACGAACCAAAAGUGAAAGUAGCUAUCGAAGAACUUUCUGGCUAACAGGCGUCCUUUGCGACAUAUUCAGCGUCAAAGGACAGAAUGUCUUCAAGAUCAGAGGAAGACCUUUGUUGUCCUGUCUGUCAGGACAUCUUCAGAGACCCUGUGGUCUUGUCAUGCAGCCACAGCUUCUGCAAAGCCUGUCUGCAGAAAUGGUGGCAGGGGAAGAACACAUUUCAAUGUCCCUGCUGUAAGAGGAAAUCAUCAAAGAGCGAUCCUCCCCGUAACCUGGCUUUAAAGAACCUCUCGGAGGCCUUCUUACUGGAGAAUAAGAAGGGAGCUUCAGCAGGGCUCGACAAUAUCUGCAGUCUGCACUCUGAGAAGUUAAAAAUCUUCUGUCUGGAUCACCAGCAGCCAGUUUGUGUCAUCUGUCGGGACUCGAAAGCACACAACAACCACAGAUUCAGGCCUAUAGAUGAGGCUGCACAGGACCACCGAGAGGAACUGCAGAAAGCCUUGAAGCCGUUACAGGAGAAACUCAAGCUAUAUGAGCAGGUUAAAGGAAACUGUGAUCAAACCAUAAAGUACAUCCAAGUCCAGGCCCAACAGACAGAGAAGCAGAUCAGCGAGCAGUUUAAGAAGCUUCAUCUGUUUCUGCACCUGGAGGAGAAGGCCAGGGUUGCAGCUCUGAGGAAGGAAGAGGAGCAGAAGAGUCAGAUGCUGAAGAAGAAGAUUAAGGCUCUGAGCACAGAUAUAGCAGUUCUGGCAGGCACCAUCAAAGCCACAGAGAAGGAUCUGAGAACCGAGGACAUCUCAUUCCUGCUCAACUACAAGGCUGCAGUGAGACGAGUCCAGCAGCGUCCCCUUCUGGACGAUCCAGAACCAGUCUCAGGAGCUCUGAUAGAUGUGGUGAAACACCUGGGCAACCUGACAUUCAACAUCUGGAACAUGAUGAAACAAAUGGUGUCCUACAGCCCUGUAGUUCUGGAUCCAAACACGGCUGACCCAGAACUCAUCGUGUCUGAUGAUCUGAGCGGUGUGAAGUCUGGAGAGAAACAACCGCUUCCCAAGAACCCCGAGAGGACAAAAUUCUCCUGCUCCGUCCUCGGCUCAGAGGGGCUAAAGUCAGGAGCUCAUAGCUGGGGCGUGGACGUUGGAACCAACAAGGAUUGGGAGCUGGGCUUGCUGGGAGAGGACAUCGAGGCGAAUGGACACCUGCAGUCUCAGCUGUGGAGGAUUUUGUUCUCCGAUGGGAAAUUCACAGCGUUCUGUGCUUCAGGUCCGGAGAAAGAACUGCAGCUGACGAAGACGGUGCAGAGGAUCAAAGUUCAUCUGGACUUUGAUGAGGGGAAGUUGUCUUUCCUUGAUUAUGAUGCCAACACACACAUCCACACCUUCAAACACAACUUCACCAAUACCCUGUAUCCUUACAUGUACACUGAGAAUCCACAACUACUGAAGAUAUUACCAGUAAAGGUCUCUGUGACCGUGGAGGAAUAGUUAGGAGGUUGUGAUUACUAAUACUGAGAAGGGUUUGGAGAGAAUUUCUCACAGGCGACUUGUUGCCGCUUACAAAGUGCUUUUAUAAUCCUGCCUUAAAUUUUCACAAAGUUACAAUUCUCUAUAGGCAACACCAAAAAAGUCUUUAAAAUCUAGAUCAAAACAACUUCAAAGAAUUAUGUUUAUUUUUAGGACAUGUUAUUAGUUUGAUUUACAGAGUGUGUUUUAUUGUUGAUGGGCUAGUGAGUGGUUGAGAUGCUGCACUGGAGAUAUUUGCUGUAUUUGUGUUUCUGAAAAAAGAAAAAAAAAAAAGAUAAAGACCUUAAUGCUGACCUCACUGAAUCAUGUUACUGGGACAAGGUGAAAAAUUGGCUGACCAGACUCAGCUCUUGUUAUGUACAGAUCACAUGUAUAAUUAUCUCAGGAAGUUAGCUUAGCAGAAAGAUAACAGCUGUGCUUUUCUGUGGUCAGAUUUCAGGAAACGGUGUAAUGCCGUAACUGCUUCUUGUUGUAGCUGACAAGGUUGUCUCCUGGGAAGAAAUCAUGAUGAAAGGACCCACAGCUCUGGAAGAAAAUAAGAGAGAGACCACUGACAACUUACCAGUUUCUCUGGUUUUAUCUUUUAUGGAUGCAAGUAUUGGUGAACUGAACUUUGCCUCAUUUUUUCCAAACUGCUGAUGAUAUUUCUUUUAACUUGCAAAUCAAACUUUGUUUUUUGGAGCUUAACUUUAGAGAAAAUUAAAUUCUAUCAGAACAUGAUAAAUUAAAAAAAAAAACAAAUCCCCUGUUCACUGUUAAACAAAACAUUUAUCUAACGAACAUUCAGAAUUCAGUUUUUUGAUUAAAUGAUCUUGAUUUAUAAUCACAGCUUUCACAGGUUUUGGCAUCUUUCACAUUGUUCUUGGGUAACUUAUACCCCUCUUUAUGGCAGCAAUCAAUUAGGGUUGGAAUAGAGGGGCAAAUAGGGGGGAAAUUCUCUAUCAAAUAGAAGAGCAGCCUGUUUCAAGCAUCCUUCACAGAUCAUCACUGAUCCUCCUCUACGUGUAACAGUUGGUUGUAGACCUCUCCUGGUCUCCGUCUAACCAGAAGACGACUAGGUGUUGGUCAAAGCUGAAAACUGGACUCAUCAGAGUUGAUGACCUUACUCCAGUCUUCUGAUGUUCUUGUGGUCUUCUUCUAAACUCAACCUGACUGUUCUUUGCUUCAGUUUAAAGGUCACGUGACUUCAGCCCACAGCUCUUGACUGAUGAUCUCUUUCAGUGAUAAACUAUUUCCUCCCGUUCCCAGACUGCAGCUUCGAGGUCCUCAUACAGAACAAUGAGAUGUGCUUAUGUAGAAAUGUAUUUUUGGCAGAAAUACCCAGAGAUACUCACCUAAGUAUAAACUGCCGUGGUCUCUUGUUUUUGUUUUUUUUUUCCAGAGCUGUAAGUCCAGUUCUGUGUGUUUGUGAUUUGCCUUAAAAACUACUAGUCGAUAGUAAAGGGUAUAAUUGUGUUGUAUUAUAGGUAUAUAUAUGGAUUUAUUUCUUCCUAAACCAUUGACACUUCAACUUAGACAUAAAGAAAGUGAUUCACUGGUAUUUGUAAUGAUAAAUUUAAAACCAUUGCAAGGAUAAUUAUGAGACCUUAUAUUUAACUAAUGCAGCUGUUUCCAAAGCAAAAGUAGAGUACUUCAUUUAAGAUGAAAGAGGGAUGUAUAUCAAAGUAGAUAUAAUAAAAAGGAACCACUACCCAUUCUGGUUUUAAAGCCUAAGAACCAAAAACUUCAGAAAAUUUCAUCACAACCGGCCAAACAGGAGCAGAACUGCACAACUUUCAAAUUCACACAUUUCAGUGCAUUUAUUCAUUAAACUAACACGUUCAUAUCACUGCAUGCAUUUGGAUUUGAUACCAACACUUAAGAUAUAGAACCACAAUGUUUAACCAAAUAAAAUGACGAAUGUUAAACUUUGUCUCAGUUUCAGAUCAAGAACACACAUUCUGAUAAAAUGUGGUGUUUGAUUUCAGAAAACAUAAAAUUGUCUUAUAUUCAUCCCUUCAAAGCAUAGUGUUCACUAGGCUGUUUUCUAGUAUAUGUAUGGAUGAAGAUGGAAUAUUUGCAUAUGAGCCCUUUCUGCACUGCCAUUCACUGAAGAAUAAAUAUAUUAUAAAAUUUGAUAUAUACACAAACAAAGUAAUAAUUACCAUCUUUGCUCAAACAGGAAAAGAAAAUGAUACAGCUUUGUUUUAAUAGAGUAUUUAUAUAUUAUAUAAAUACAUAAUUAUAAAUAUAUAAUUAUUUUUUAAUGUUCUUGUAGAAUAACUAAAUAAAUAAAUAAAUUAAAACAAAUAAAACUGAACAUGAAGUAAAGCUUCACUGUGCAUGUCUGUAGAAGUAAAAAUUUGUGGCACUGAUUUUUAAUAAUUCAUUCAUCCGAGGGUUAUGAGCCUGAAUAAAUACUGAUGAAUUUUAUUAUUUUUCUUGAUCUCUAAUCAAAUACAACCAAUGUGAUUAUGUGAAAGUUGGUGGAUAAAUAGGAAACAGUGAAUAUUUAUGAGUCCAUAAUGAAGUUAAACAGAUAAAGAAACACACUGUUGUCUUUCAUUGUCCGUGUGGAAUUGAAGUGGCUUUGGGAACAGAACAUGGCGAGUAUGAAACCGCUGUGACAGAUCUGUAGAAAAUUAGCUAAUGAGAACGAAGAAGGGUCAAAACACUGAAAAUGUGCUGAACUUGAAAAAUGGUGAAAAUAAAUUAAGAUUUUUUUUUUUUUGACUUGGAUGUUAUUCUGAUUUUGCAAACAAUAAAAGAUCAAACAAAAAGAA